CGGCUCAGCUGGGCUUUUGCCCCAUGCUGCGAUUUCUGCUCCCCGCCUUCGUCGUGGGACAGAGCCAGCAAGACUUGCAGAAUGCCUUGGUCUUGGGCGACAGCUGGGCGGAAUACUCCCUGGACUCGCUGCUCCGCCACUGCCCUUUAGCGAACCUGGUGAACAAAGGCCACUGAAGUCACGAAGCCGGUCCUCAUUCCCAUCGUCAAGUCUGCAGCCAUGUGGGCAAAGGCGGAAGACUGCAUCACCAGUCCGCACCACGCCAUUUGCUGCCAGGCGAAUAAGAGCUGCAACGUCGCCCACGCCGUGCACGCCAUGAGCGAAGCGGCUGAGCGCGUGCCCUCGAUCGCGUGGGUGAGCAUCGGUGGCAACGACUUCUUGAACGCUGGCUGCCCGGACGAGUUCUUCUUCCUGCAAUACCUGCAGAAGGACGUGGAAAAGGUUGUGGAGCAUUUGCAGAUGCUGACGCCGCAGACAAAGAUCGUGCUGACGGGCUACUGCGUGCCCAGCGGCGAUUUGGCCUGGCACCCCCGAGAAGCCUGCCACAAGCCGCAGGCCUUGCUCCCGGUGAACCUGGCGCUGAAGCAGGCGGCCGAGGCUAAGGCGGUGGCCUUUGUGAAUGUGUCCACCAUCUUCGGCGGCAGCUUCGCCCGCCACAGCGACCCCACAUAUUUCCAGGACGAUAUCCAUCUGAACCGUCGCGGCUACGACCGGCUUUGGGAAUACGCUCCUUUGCGCCAAGCCUUGGGCUGCGACGGCACGAGUCCGGACUCACCGGACAGCUCGCUGGUCUCCGACGCGACGGAGGUCAGAGCUGUGUGGCUGCUGGUGAUGCUUGCCUUCAUGUCCGGAUGGUGAGGGAAACGGACAGAGAUCAAUUGAUCUUUGGUGCAAAGCACACAACAAAGGAGGGCCCAGAAUCGAUUACUGCUGGCCAUCCGAGUAGGUGGUUCUACCUGUUCUGAUAUAGGUC